AAUAACGCGGCUUACACAACUUCGACGGCAGGAUAGCGGGCAACACGGAUAUGAAACAAUUGAUCCCGAUCGUGAACAAGCUGCAGGAUGCGUUCACGCAGCUCGGCGUGCAUAUACAACUCGAGCUGCCGCAGAUCGCAGUGGUGGGUGGCCAGAGCACGGGCAAGAGCUCCGUGCUCGAGAACUUCAUCGGCAAAGAUUUCUUGCCCAGAGGUUCAGGCAUUGUGACAAGGAGACCACUCAUCUUACAGUUGAUUAACUGUCCAACUGAUCGCAAUCGUGGAUGCAAGAAUGCGCCCUUUUCUCCGUUGUGCGUUGAAUGUACCCAUGUAUGUACAUCGGUACGAUCGACACCUGCAACCACGAUCUUUUGUUUUGCCGAUUUUAUUCCAUGCUUCGUGAUGUGA